UCAGAAAGCUCAGAGAUACAUCCACAGACUCAAAUAUUAAAUCUGUAUUGUUUAGACACACAACAGAGGAAUGGCACAAACAGUGACAAUUCCAUAUUCUCAGUAUCUUGUACCCCUUCUUCUUUUGAUUGCCUGGAUUGUGGGUUGUGUACUGACGGUUUAUUUUGUCUUUUCAUAAAAGAGGGAAUGAAGCGUUUUCAGAAAACCCUUGGAACAGAAUGAAGAUGCCUAUUUCUUAUUUUGAAAACACACCAUGAAAAUUAUAAUCCAAGAACAUUACAAUGAAGUUGCAAUAGAUGUACUUUCUCCGUUUAAAAAUGACCCAAUAACAAGAGCAGUUUUUAGAUUUUGAAUGAAUUUUUCAUUGGAUGUUUCAUGGCAGAAAAAAAAAUGUUUGCACGUCUCUUUUUUAUUUUGGCAUUCAGCCUCUCCCCUCCAAACAUUUCUGUGUCUGAUCUGUUAAAUGACAAUGUUAAAAUGCCACUUUGGUUAGUAUUAUAAAUUGAUUCUUGUAUU